AAAACCUUGGCCCGAAUCUUCAUCUUCUGCUUUCAUCCAGCAUCCACGCAGUUGUGAUCACGAUGGCUAUGAUUGGCCACGAAAUGGCUAGCUUGUCGACAGAAGCAACCCUAAAAAGCCAUGGCGCUGUCUUCUGUUGCAAAUCCUUCAAGUCUUUUACCUCUAGAACUCAUCGACAAAUGUAUCGGCUCCAAAAUCCACAUCAUUAUGAAGGGCGACAAAGAGAUUGUCGGCACACUUCUGGGAUUUGAUGAUUUUGUCAACAUGGUGCUGGAAGACGUCACAGAAUAUGAAAGCACACCCGAAGGACGUCGAAUAACAAAGCUGGACCAGAUAUUGCUCAACGGAAACAACAUCACCAUGAUGGUGCCCGGAGGAGACAUGCGGGAUGUUUGAAAUAUGUAAAAAUAAAUUGUGUCAAGACCGGAGAACUGA